AUGGAAGUUGGCGACCCAGCGUUAAAGGCGAAGGAUCGGUUAUGCAAUAAAGUUGAGCUAUCUGAAGCCAUUCAAGAUGUAAAUGGAGACGUAGGAUGCAUUGAACCGUUUGAACCAUGGUACACUGUACAAGUGGUAGGAGCUGAAAAAGAUGGCGAUGUUGUUAAAUACGAAGUCACAACUAGAAAGCUUGAUGAAAGCAACAAGGAGGUGACCGUGAUACGAGCAUAUGAAGACUUUGAAUGGUUACAACAUUGUCUUGUAACACAUAAUGAUGUCAGUGGAGUUAUUAUUCCACCCAUGCCGCCCAAAGUUGGUGUUUCUGCAUCCGGAGCUGAAGCAAAGUCCAAGAAACAACUUGGUAGCAGUAGUCGGACCCUCAUUGGAGAUGAAUUCAAAAAAGAUUGUCGUAGUUUGGAAAAAUAUCUUCAGCUAGUAAUAAAACAUAAUUUACUAGGAAAAGAUGAAACUCUAGGAAAAUUUCUGACUGACACAGAAUUGAUGGGUAUGCUGUCUGUGAAUGAGUUGAUGGGUAUGCUGUCUGUGAAUGAAUUGAUGGGUAUGCUGUCUGUGAAUGAGUUGAUGGGUAUGCUGUCUGUGAAUGAGUUGAUGGGUAUGCUGUCUGUGAAAGAAUUGAUGGGUUUGCUGUCUGUGAAUGAGUUGAUGGGUAUGCUGUCUGUGAAUGAAUUGAUGGGUAUGCUGUCUGUGAAUGAAUUGAUGG